AUGGGAGUGUUACAGGACAAGGUCGCUAAAGCAUUGAGAAUUGAGGAUCAACAAUUCGCUCGUGAGCUUCUCGCAGAAUGUAUUGGAACCUUCUUCCUCUUGCUUAUCGGUAACUCUGCUAACAUCCAAGCUGCUGUUGCAGUUGGUGGCAAUUCAACAUCAUGCCACAUCGCAUGGGGAAUCGGUUUCAUGUUCGCGGUUUUCCUAGCUGCCAGCGUUUCAGGUGCUCAUCUCAAUCCGGCCAUAUCUGUAGCCCAGUGCAUUCUCGGAAACUUGCCAGCAUGGAAGAUUAUUCCAUACUCAAUUGUGCAGUUUAUCGGUGCUUUCCUUGGAGCCGCUGUCUCCUACUUUGGACAUCACGAUGACUUGUGGAAACUCGACGGUGGAUUCCGUCAAGUGACUGGCAGUCAAGGAACCGCAGGACUCUUCACAACCUUCCCGCCAGAUCACAUGUCAACAUGGGGAAGUCUUCUCGACCAGAUCAUUGGAACUGCGAUGCUUUCGGGAUUGGUCUGUCUCAUCACAGACAAACGACACAAGAUUCCAGAUGGGGCUGUUCCAAUUCUUGCCGGAAGUAUUAUGUCAAUGGUUGCCAUGACCUAUGGUGCUAACGGUGGAUUCGCCAUCAACCCAGCAAGAGACUUCGGACCACGUGUUUUCUGCCUGUGCGCUGGAUAUGGAUGGGAAGUUUUCAGUGCCCAUGGAUAUUAUUUCUGGAUUCCGAUUGUCGGUGCCCUUAUCGGUGCUGUCAUUGGAGCAUGGAUUUAUAAGAUAUUUGUUGGACUUCACGGAAUGAACGAAACCGUCGAGAUCCAACCAGUCAAGGGUUUCAAUGUCAGUGUUGAUAUCGGCCGGAAUGGCUCCAACUACGCAUGA